AUGCCGUUCAAUUUCCCGGGCACGCUUGUGCCCCUUCAUCUCCUCAUCAAUCCGAGGCUAGUGGUACCUCAAAUGAUUGUAAAAGACAUUCGCCAGCUCGAUUUUCCGGAGCUGCGUCGUGGGGGAUACCGAGGUGCAGUGUUUGAUAAGGAUAAUUGUCUUACCCGACCACAUCGAGAUACCCUUGUGCCAGAGCUGAAGGAUGCUUGGGACGAAUGCCGCAAAACUUUUGGCCCUCAAAACGUGCUGAUCGUCAGCAACUCUGCUGGCUCGCACCUGGAUGCAGGCGAGAUCCAGGCCGAGUCUGUAUCGCACCAUCUCUCAGCUCCAGUCCUCCGCCAUACGUCCUUCAAGCCGUCAUACUCAUGCAUAGCCUCCGUCCGCGCGUACUUCGCCUCCCUUCCUCAACCCAUUCGCGACGAAGAGCUGAUUGUCGUUGGCGAUCGCGUGUUCACCGACACCGUAAUGGCCAACCGGAUGGCCUGCCAUGAGCGCGUGUCCACACCUGCUCCUUCUCAUGCGGAUGAGCACCCAGACGCAGUCGAAGACCUCAGCAAGGAACUCGAUACCUCCGCGCCCGCACGCAGCCCGAUCUCUUCCUCGCGCGUGCGGGUGGGCCCUCUGGCGAUCCUAACAACAUCGGUUUGGGAGCGCGACAGCCCCGUCCUGCGGCGGCUGGAGAUGCAGGUCGUGAAGGGCGUCGAGCGCUGGGUUGUGAACCAGGGUCACGGCGCAGCGCGGGACUGGACGGACGUCCGUUACGGACGGUUCUUCAAGGAGCUGGCGAUGCCGGAGGUACUGAGGAGAGAGGAGCCGGGGUUCGUGCGCAGGCUGUUGAGGCGGUGGCGAGGCGAGUAA